UACAAUACCCUCCCUCGUUCUGGUCGCAGUCGGGGAUUUCCAGUCAGGUGCGUCCUGUGUGUGAGACACCCCACUAUCGCAUAUGGAUGCGCGUCGCUACAUCGAUGAACGUUGAACGACGUCUAUUUGUCUCUAGCCAUCACCGAGUCACGGCCGAGGCACUCGCGGCUGACGACACUCACUGCGGCGUCCUCUGUGGACAAGGAGCGGCGAUGGGCCAACACCGCGACUCUGCCUCAUGCAUCUCAAUUGCAGCGGUGGUUGUUACUGGUAGUCUAUCCACGUCCACGGCGCAGCAUCUUCGCACAUUGAAUAAAAGAGCAACGCCGCGCCAUCGAAUGCCAGUACUAUCUUCUUCUUCAUCCUUUCUCCGUCUGUUCCAUGUCUUCUGAACACAAGUUUCCAUCGCCCAUUGGAGGCAUUCCGUUCCCUCAUGAUUUUACGCCUGCCUUGAUCUUUACAAUUCUCUAUGCUCUGACUGUUCCAGUUGCAGUCUGGCGAAUGAUCGACAAACGGUCACGGUCGCUCUCGUACAUCGGGACUGUGACUUUCUCGGUAGAGCGGAUAGCUGACUUCGCCAUUCGUGCCGCUGAGGCUCAGAAACCCAACAUCCGCACGACAAAUUUCUUCGUCUCUUGGCUGCAGAGCGCGUAUGCCUUGGGAUUCCUAAGCACGACGCAGGACCUCAACAACAUCGCGCGGCUGUUUGUCGUGAAGGCGUUAAAAGGCACUUCCUUCAUUGUGGAGAUCCCGCCGCAGGCCUUCGAAGAUCGCACAUUUCUUCCCUUAGAGGAAGAGCAACCGCUCAAGCCGAUGCGCCUGUCUGGACAUACCAGUAACAGCUCGUCUUACACCUCCGUGGUGCUGCGCUUACAAGCAAUUGCCCUAGGCUCCGUAUCCGGCGGUCUGUAUUUUACGGGUAUCACGAACGAAACCGUGGCAAAAGUCGUUCGGGCAAUGAAUUAUGCCUCAACGAUCAUCGUGCUGUUCCUACAGCUCGUUGCCUUGUACGAGGUCCUUUGGGCUUUGUCGACGCGGCCGAAUCGGAUACCUCGUGGGCCCGCGCUGUAUCUCUGCAGUAUGCUCUGUAUUAUUAUGAUCCCUAGCGUGUAUAGGUUGGCAGCGAUGUCCAACUCUACCACCUCGCUAUUGUCAAUGGCGCCAGGAUCGCUCAAUGGCCCCAUGGCGAAGGCGCUGUUUUACUCGCUGCACAUCGCCCCCGAAUGGCUCUCCGGCGCGAUGCUGCUCGCCGUUAAUGUCAAGGAAGUGUUCGGGGUUCCUACUGGUCUGAAGAGCCAGUAACGAGUCUCGCAAUGGUUCGGCGCGAUUCACUGUGCGUGAUGCAGCUUGAGUGCCGG